UGGUCAGAGGACACAACAGAGACAACAGUUUCAAACUCAUGGCCCGAACGAAGCAGACUGCGCGCAAGUCGACGGGUGGCAAGGCGCCGCGCAAGCAGCUGGCCACCAAGGUGGCUCGCAAGAGCACACCAGCCACUGGCGGGGUGAAGAAGCCGCACCGCUACCGACCUGGAACAGUGGCGCUUCGCGAGAUCCGCCGCUACCAGAAGUCCACUGAGCUGCUAAUCCGCAAGCUGCCCUUCCAGCGGCUGGUGCGCGAGAUCGCUCAGGACUUUAAGACCGACCUGCGCUUCCAGAGCUCGGCCGUGAUGGCGCUGCAGGAGGCGUGCGAGUCUUACCUGGUUGGGCUAUUCGAGGACACCAACUUGUGUGCCAUCCACGCCAAACGGGUCACCAUCAUGCCCAAGGACAUCCAGCUGGCACGCCGCAUCCGCGGGGAGCGGGCCUAGGAGGGCCAUCUCGCCACCUGAGAGGUUGCCCAACGUUCACCCCAAAGGCUCUUUUAAGAGCCACCCACCUGCUCGGAAGAGUUGCUGUAGCAAGCCAGGCUCUUGGGUUUUG